AUGGAGCACACCACCAAGGACCUGCAGCUCCGCCUGGAUGAGGCCGAGCAGAUCGCCCUCAAGGGUGGCAAGAAACAGAUCCAGACACUGGAGGGCAGGGUAAGAGUCCAGAGAGCACACCCUUUUCUCAUUCACAAGCAUUUCGCUACACCCGCAAUAACAUCUGCUAAACACGUGUAUGUGACCAAUACAAUUUGAAAAUACAUUUGACUUGAUCUGUUCAUUAGGAGAGUGCAAAGUAACUAGAUUGUUGACUCAAUAAGCAUGCUCAGGGUUUUGCUCUACCGAUUUAGGCCUUACCCAUUUUUACAGUCCUGUAAAGACUGUAAAAACGGGACCUGUUGUGUCUCUGCUUAGCACUCAGCAUUGGGGGAAAGGCCCUGCGAUAGACUAGCGUCCAGGGGGUGUACUUGUACAUCAAGCUGCCUCGCGCUACAGAAACAGGAGAUAAGCUGCUGCUUCUAUGAGCCGCUCCAGCUCGGCAGGUUGGCGUUUAUUUGGAUGAAUCUUGUUCUGGUGGCAGAGCUGCGCGAUUCUUAGGGCCAGUGGCAAAGUCAAAAUUGGCUAUAUAUUGAAAAGAUUUAUGAAAACAAAAAUGUGCUUUUUGGUCUUAUUUUAAGGUUAGGCAUAAGGUUAGCAGUGUGUUUACUGUUAGGGUUAAAAUCUGAUUUUAUGACUUUGUGGCUGUGCCAGCUAGUGACUACCCUGCAGAGCUGCCUCCAGUACAUGAGUCAUCCCAAUAAAUGGCAACCUGCUCCUUCUUGCACAAGCAAGGCUCCUUAAUUUACUUGGUUAAAGUUGUUCACCAAUAUUGAACAGUGAGUGUAGAUCAGUGAUCUGACAGUCUCCCAUCAACAGGUGAGAGAACUCGAGAAUGAGCUGGAGUCUGAGCAGAAGAGGAGCCAGGAGUUCCAGAAGGUGUUCCGCAAGUAUGAGAGGAGGAUCAAAGAGCUCACCUACCAGGUACUGAAACAUACCACAUUAACAUUCUUAUUUCAAUGUUACAAUUAUUCCCCACACUUGAUCAAAGUGAUCAUCUUAAACAUAAUUUUUCUAUGAUUAGAGACAUUUUGCGGUUGUUGAUUGUAUGUACUGUUUAUUGAUAGAGCUGCCUGCCUGUGAGGUGUUGCGAUGUAGUGCUUCAUGCUGCCCCCUGCUGCUUGUGUUUGUUCUUGCAGACAGAGGAGGACAGUAAGAACCUGGCCCGCCUGCAAGAGCUCAUAGACAAGCUGCAGGCCAAGAGCUACAAGAAGGCAGGCUGA